AUGAGCAUUAUACCGCCAAAGCAAGACUCUCCCUCCGCGCAGCGAAACAAAGAACCAAUCUGGCAGUUCUUGUCGUCAGAGGUCCUCACGUCUCCAGGAAGUUCGAAAGACUACCGAGUCUUGGAAGUCGCUACAGGUGCUGGAGUUCACACCGACUACUUUGCCCCCAAAUUUGCAGAGGCAUUGAAAGACAAAUCUUGCUCCUGGUAUCCCUCCGAUCCAGAACAAGAGUCCCUUGACUCAAUCCAAUGCUACAUCAAUGAUGGUAAUCUUGGAUCCAUUGUAAAGCCCCCGUGUGUUUUGACUCUUGAUGAGAACGGAAUCAUGGAGAAGGAAACCACUGCAUUGUUGGAUGGACUUGAGAUGGAUUUGAUGAUUUGCAUUAACAUGAUCCACAUUUCACCUUGGGAAGCAACGCUAGGUUUGCUCCAGGAAGCAUCCAAACGUCUUUCAGAUACUGGUUGUCUCUACUGUUACGGCCCAUAUCGAGAGAAUGGAACAGCAGUCGAGUCGAAUAUCAAAUUCGAGGGUUGGCUAAAGUCAAAAGACGAGCGAUUUGGAUUGCGUGACUUGGAAAAGGUCGUCAAUGUGGCCGAAGAAAAUGGUCUCAAGCUAGUCAAGAAGAUUGAGAUGCCAGCAAACAACCUCAGUUUGGUAUUUCAAAAGGCCAGUGCCGCCCAGAAUUAG